GCGCUGUACUUGCUCGGCGAGGUUGCACCCGAGCACACGGUGACGAGCCAGCGAGCAUUCAGGGUCAGCGGAGGUGUUCACCGCCAGCUUGGAACGUUUGCAUCCUCUUUCGAGGUGACGAUGAAAAGCUGCCACGCAAGCUGCGACCUUGCGGAGGCCUUGAGCGCAGCCCUCCAGUUUGAGGAGGAUCCGACGACCCUGGUUAUUCUCUCGCCUGCUGCAGUUGCUGGUCCUCUUGAUUUCCGUUCCAUGGUCCAAUGGCAUGUGAGAUGCACUCGCAAAGCCAAGCCGAGUCGAGAGCUUUGCCGCCGAGAAGAUGGAAGCAUCUCCUUCCGAAGGUUGGCUGCAUAUCCCGCCGAUCGUAUUCAAGGCGCCAUUUUUAUGCCCAAGUUCAGCCAGCACUUCUAUGUCCAUCGGCAUGCAGGAGCUCUCCGAGACAUGGAUGGGCCAUGGAGGGAGAGCCCUACGCUCAGGGCCAAGUUGGAUCUUAUCCACGGGCAAGGACUGGAGGAUCCUGUUGUCAAGGCCUUCCUGGCCGAAGGCGAGAGACUGCCUCGUCGAGUGGUGGUAUUGGCCGCCCCGGCAGCAGCACUUCGGCUUGCAGCACGGGCGGGGCGAGUGCCAGGCGCCCAGCGAAUCGUCGUGGCCCUCAGAGCCCGAGCCGGCGCCAGGCGCUGCGGAGUGGGAUCUUGGGCAGCGCAGCCCAGGCUCCGCAUCGCCUGCAUGGAUCGCAAGCGCCUGUUUCAUCCGCUCCUCGCAGUGCUUGACUUGGAGAAGCUUCCCGAGACGCAGAUCUUUCUUAGAGGUUUUCGGCGCAAAGUUCCGCCGCUGUCGGACUUUCUCCAGGCUUCAGAUCUCUGGGCUGGUGUUGUCAUUGCCAGCCACGCAUCUCUUUAUGGCGAGCAUGGUGGUCCCAUUCCGGUCACAGCCCUCGGAGCUUUGUACCGCAGAGGCUUUUUUGAUGAGCGGAUCAUUGAAGACUUGCAUGGUCCUUGUGCUCAAGAGCCCGAUCUCGUCGUGGCCAGCCACAUCGCCCUCAAUGGGGUGCCGACGGAGGUGCUGGGCGCCUCUUCUUCGCGGCCGCCCUUGCCCACAAGUCGCUCUACGGAGUGCUGGUCGGAGCUGAUCGAACGCCACCCUUGGCUUUGGACGUCCUUACGGCCCAGGAGAGUGAUUCUCCACGUGGCCUUGAUGGAUGACACGGACGACUUCUUGCUGGGCUUGACCCUGCGCUACGCCGUCUCGCAGACUCGGCGGCCAGACGAGGUGGUGCUGCUGACUGUUGGGCAGUCGAACUUCGAGGAUUCGGGCGAGGUGGACACUGACACCCAGGUGCGUCACGGUGCCUCGAUUCGCAUCGAGGGAAGUCGAUGUGUGGUGGUCUCUCGUCGCGGUCGAAGACUGCCCAUCAGACUUCCCCACUUUCUUGCGACCAUUGGAUCGGGGAAGGUCGGAGCCGUUCUGCGGACCUCCGACGGCCGCGGUCCCACGGUGUCAAUCCUCCGCUGCUCCGGGGACAGCUGCAGACCGAAGCCGCACUUGGCCGCCGCGUUCUACAGAGAGCUGGAGCCCUCAACGGCAAUGAUCUUCUGCUCCGCCGAACGGCUGAUCAACGAGAGGCUUGUGGAGGAGAACGUGGCCUGUCUGGACUCCUGUGCCCCACACUGCUCGCCGCAGAACUGGUGCGGCCAAGCGAGCACUCGAGAAGACGGCGCGCUGUAUGAUCUGAGCAUCACGCGGGCAGCCGGAUAUGUAGACCACGUGGCCAGAUGCGUUUUGUGCUGUCUAGCCGAUCAGCUCAAGCUGAGUGCAUUCUGGAGGAUUCUUUGUAGCAUGAAGCCAUCAGCCGAUGAUGAGGUCGUGUGUGGGAUCGUGGUUGCGGUGGUGUUGCGUGCGCUGCCAAAAAGGCUGGUGCCUGCACGAAGUUUCAUGUCCGCGAGCUUCCAUAUCGCACAGUCUCUCAUCGAUGCCUGGCUGGCGGCGCAUGCUGCCACACUCAGUGCCACUACCAGCGCUGAUGAAUUGAAAAGCCGACUGCAAAGUUUGGUCGGCGCGACCUGCACCAAUGCAUGGUGGGAUGACGCCUCGGAGCGCAUGGAGGGCGGAAGCCCAACUUUGCCGCUGCAAAGGAAGCUGGCAGAGGUACUGACACGUGGUCGCCAGGGCUUGCGCAGUGUCAGUCCGGUGCCGCCAGCCCAAGGUGCGACAGGAGGGGAGGCCUGGCCAGAGCGAGGAGCCGCUUGGGUGCUGGCGGCUCUGGAGGAUGUCGUGGGCUCCGUGGCUUCACACUCGGCCCGGAAGGCGGCCACGGUGAAGGAUGCAGGGCGCCCGUCCACCGCGGGAUCACGACCGGGCACUGCGCAGCGCCCGGCCACCGGCACUCAAGGGCGCCACCAGUUCCAGCCGCCUGUGAGACUUCAAGAAGGCACGGCGCCUUCCAAGCAGACGGAACGUCUCCGACUCCUUGGCAUUAAGCAUUUUGUUGCUGCGGCGAAAGCUGAUGACGAUCUUCAGAACUGUCAACUGGUGGCCACCUGCCUAGCAGACGUUGCCAUGGGCCUGGCACCGCACCUAGAAAGCGAUGAUCUCAUGGCAUGCGCCGAUCAUUUGCUGUUUCUUGUCACUUGCACAGUCGAUGUUGGCGGCAAGAAAGCUCCCGCUCCGAGAUAUGCUAGAAAGCACUUGGACCAAGCCGCCAACAAACUUUCACGAGCACUGCGCAGCUCCUGUCAGAUCGCCUGGCGAAUGCGCCGACAUCGAGGCGUCCCAUCCUGGAAGCGGGCACAAGCCGAGGGCGACGUCCGCGUGCGCGACGCGGGCUUUCGCUGGCAGCCAAAGGCCGUCGCCGAAGCCGAGGAAACCGUGGCAGAGGCGACAGCCGCGUUGCGCUUCGCACGGCAACCACCCCCUGGGCGCAGCGAGCUGCGACGGACCAUCGCAUUGGAGCGCCUGGCAUUCGAGAACAUGAAGAUCUCGUGGUGGGAUGGAACCGCCCCUUUGAAGGAGGGCAGGAUCUCAGAUGCCAUGGAUUCCCGGACAGAGGACUCGAACUGGGACUCCCCAUCAAGUGACCGAGUCCGGGACCAGACGGAGGUGCCUGCCGUGGAAGCGAAGGAGGAGCCAAUAGGAAGUGAGGGCUAUGUUCUAAGCCGAGCAGAGCAUCUGCUCAAGUGUCUCAUGGAUGGGGAGGCCGGAUCAAGACAGGGGGAGACGGAGCUGAGAGACGAAGAUCAGAGUUUCAGGACCCUGAGCCGGCACGUCCAGGACAACCGACAACUUGCUCAACAGGCAACCUCCCUGCCAGGAGUCUGUGAAGGCCUGCAGUUUGGCUCUGGCCUGGUACCUCCCAAGCGCAUCAUCCACCGAGUUUGA